UCUUCUUAUUGGAUGGUUUGGACGGUCUAGUGUAAAAAGUGAAAACCCUAAUGUAUCAUCACUCUUUUCAUUUUACUCCCCAAACACUGAAAGAGAAUCGGGAAAGAAGGGAUCUGAACACACUUUGGUUGCCCUCUUAGCGGUGAUGGGUGGUGGUUUCUAUCCGGAUGGUGAUGAUGACGGACGGUGGUGGUGGUUCGAGCAAGCGGUGAUUGGAAAAAAAUGGAGGUCGGAGUGGCGAUGGUUGCGGGAGGAGUUUGCGGCGGUGGUGUUUGAGCGUGGAGGGGGCGAACGGUGGUGGUCAAAUCGGAUGUGGGCAGGUCCACGAUGAAGAAGUCGUUGAUGUUAUUCUUGGCAUAUUUAGCCGUCACACAAUCAGCAAAGCUUGAUUUACAAGAAGUGAAGGUACUGCAGCAAAUCUGGGAAAAGUUGGGGCUACAGCAGCCAAAAAAUUUGGAUCGGUGCAGUGUCAACAGGGGGUGGGUCACCUGCGAUUGCUCUUUCGAAGGUCUUACCACCAGUCAUGUUAAUAACAUGGAUCUUAGUCUUAACAACCUCACCGUCAGUAUACUCUCUGAAUGGGCUACUUUGAGCUUGAGCAAUCCCACACUAAUGGGAAACCGGUUAUCAGGCCCGUUUCCAACAACUCUCACAACAAUGACCACCCUUCGACUAUUUUCUUCAAUAUGGUGGUACUUUCUGUAUUACAUGUGCCCUCAUCACCGCUUUGUAUGUCUUCAAAUGAUACACGCAGAGACAAAGAAAGGUAAAGGGAAGAAAGGGGUAGAGAGCAGCAAGAGAGAGAAACAGAGAUGCGGAGCGAUGAGUCACCAGCAUCCGGCUCCAGACGCGUGCUCGCCUCCCAUCUAUAGAACCGAAGUCGUCAAGUCGAGGGUUUUUCGGUGAAAAUUCAAGGGUUCAGAGGUGGUAGUUGCGAGUUCCGAUAAAUCUAGGGUUCCGAAACGUUCAAUCAUCCUUUAAUCUAUCCAAUCACAGGUGAAAUUAAUCUCCCUCUCUCUCCCUCUCUCAGAUUAAACCAUUAAUUUCAUCAUUGUUGUUUUAAUUUCGUGUCACGAAUUCGUAAUCCAGAUCGAUGUAAUUAAUUAUGUUUGUCUUUUGUUUGUUUUUUUUAUUUUUUUUGAACGGCGAAUUUGGAUCACUGACGGACCGCUGGAGUAUCAUCGUGCCACCAACGGAGCCACCCGAUCAUA